CUACUUUUUGGAACCCUGCCAACUAGUUAUUUAUUUCUCUUUCUACUGAACUUGAGAAGUCGACUUAAUAUGGACUGAAGGGAUCUGGAGAGGUUGUUUUUCACUAGCUUGGUAAGCCACUAGACCCUGAAGAUUGCACAAGCUUUUAGUUCAGCUAUGUAGGUUCUCGCGUUGGUACUCUCUCAACAGUUGACUUAUCGGAUAAAUAUGGAAGAACUACUAGUGUAGUGAAUAGCAGUAGCACUACCACUUUCUGACUCCUGGUUUGAUGAAGUUUUCAAUUUUAUUUUGCUCUGAGGUGUACGGAAAAUUCUGUGAUCUAGCAGUUUCUUUAUUUCUUGAACUUCUUUGAAAGGAUCAUGAUUCAGUUAAUCUUGCAAAGCCAGAUUUGAUUCUUUCUUGUGUUGUUUCAUAAUGACUAAUAGUAGGUAGUUCGUAUAACACAACUAAUUUUCCCUGUACCAGGUAUAUUGAGUUGCAAAAACUUUAAGAGUCAACUUCAGGAAUAUGCUCAGAAGAUGAGUCUUGCGGAUCCUCUGUACCAACUUGAAGACCAUCGUAGACAUGGUUACCAAUAUUCUGUAGUGAUUGGGUGGAGGAGGUACCUUGGAGAAGUGGCAACAUCCAUAGAAGAAGCAGAGAUAAAAGCUGCAAGAACAGCUUGGCAUGCUAUUAAGAAAGGACAUACAGUGGUACCAGAUAGAUCAACUGAGAAGUCCUUGCCGGCAGCAAGUCUUAGCAGGAAGAAAGAUGAGGACUGUAGUUUGAUUACAGCUGAAAGUAAAGUCCACGUCUUCCAAGCUAAAGACACAUCCAAGGAGAGGAACUCUGGCAUUCGGAAAAUGUUGGCUAAAUUGAAAGAGGGUGUAGAGAAAGAUGCGAACUGUAGUUGGAUCACGGCUCAAGGUAAAGUCCACGCCUUCGAUUCUAAAGACACAUCCCAUGAGAGGAACUCCGACAUUCAGAAAAUGCUGGCUAAACUGAAAGAGGAUGUCGAAGCUGCUGGCUACGUCUCGGACACCAGUCCUGCUCCCGAUGUUUCAGAAGACAAAGAAGAGAGAUCGGCCGAAGCUUGGCAGCACAGUGAGAAAAUCUCUCUGGCAUUCGGACUCAUAUCCAUCCCUCCUGGACUACCCAUAAGCAUUCUUAACAAUCUGAGCAUCUGUGGUGAUUGUCACAACACCUUCAAGUGCGUAUCAGCCAUUAUUCGCAGACAAUUUCUCGUCAGGGAGAGUGACAGAGUCCAUCGGUUCUGGAAUGGCCAAUGCUCUUGUAACGAUCGGUUCUGAAUCGUUCAUUUCUCGGUCCUUUUCUGUUCAGGAUUUUAUCAGAACUGUGUCAGAGGAGUUUCAUGUAGCAAUGAGAUGAAGUCUUUUUCGAUGUUUGUUUGCACUUGCAAUUUAUCUGGUUUUCGGGGGCAAGAAAGGUUUGAUUGUUGU